CGCUGAUCUUCGUCGCUCACGCUGAUCUUCGUCGCUCGCGCUGAUCUUCGUCGUGUCGUCCUCCGCCAGUGCGGUCUUCGCUCUCCUGCUGGCCGGCAUGUUUUCGCUCUCCUGCUGGCUGGUGCGGCCUCCGCUCUCCUGCUGGCCGGCAUGUUUUCGCUCUCCUUCUCUCCCUCUCUUCCUCUUCUCCCUCUCCCUCCCACCUCCUUCCUCCUGGCCACCUCCUUCUUCCCGCCCACUUCCUUCUUCCCGCCCACCUCCUUCUUCCUGGCCAUUUCCUUCUUCCUGGCCAUUUCCUCCUCACCCGCCGCAGCUCCUCCUCACCCAAUUCCACACCACCGCCCUGCUAGCUCAGUGGUAGAGCGUCGCACUCGUAAUGCGAAGGUCAGUCG